GUUUCAGAAAGACCACGGCGACUAUUCGGACAUCAGAUUUCUCCUUUCAGAAGCAUCACCAAACAGCUUAGCGCAGUCCCAUCGCAGGAACAGACCAUUGUUUUUUUACAACAAGAUGACAGAAUCUAAUGUUCACACAAGAACCUUGGACAGGCAAUAAAAGUGAAAGUGUGAGUUUGGAUAAUGAAGAUGUCCAUUUUGCAAUCAUGGGCAGCCCUAACCCUGCUGUCACUCAAUAGCUACCUCACAGAGAGAAUUAUUCAACAUGGACCUGUUUUCACCCAAGAGCCUAGUGACAGUGUUUUUCCACUAAGCAGUGAAGACAACAAGAUAUUUAUCAACUGCAAAGCCAAAGGAAAUCCGCGACCACAUUACAGGUGGAAAAUCAAUGGAAAAGAUCUCAGUGCUUACAAAAAUUUAAACUACAGCCUGGUAGAGGGCAACCUCUUGAUCAAUAACCCACAGGCAAUGAAAGACGGAGGAUCUUACCAGUGUAUUGCCAGUAAUGCUUUUGGAACCAUUCUGAGCCGCAAGGCCAAAGUGGAGUUUGCCUAUCUUCAGAAUUUUACCAACAAGGCCAGAAAUGCAGUCUCAGUGAGAGAAGGUCAGGCUGUGGUGCUGCUAUGUGGCUCACCACCCUAUUUUGGAGAGAUUAGAUACUCAUGGAUCUACAAUGGCCACCCCAGUGUCCUCAUUCAAGACAACCGACGCUUUGUGUCCCAGAGGACAGGGAACCUCUACAUAGCUAAAAUGGAACCAACGGAUGUGGGCAACUAUACAUGUGCAGUAAAAAAUUUGAUGACCAAUGGCACUGUGUAUAGUUCCCCCACUCCUGUGGUACUGCGCCAGGAUGCUAUGAUGGGUGAAUAUGAGCCAAAAAUUGAAGUCCAGUUUGAAGAAAUUCUGCAUGUCCUUAAAGGAUCAUCGGUUAGACUGGAGUGCUUCGCUUUAGGAAAUCCAGUGCCUUCUAUCUCUUGGAGAAGAGUGGAUGGAAGCCCUUUUCCUGGAAAGAUGAAAAUAAAUCAAUCAAAUGGCGUCCUGGAGAUCCCUUAUUUUCGGCCUGAGGAUGCAGGCUUUUAUGAAUGUGUUGCAGAGAACUCCAGAGGCCGUAGUGUUGCAAAAGGAGACCUCAUAUUUAAUGAUGUAGAACAUCUGCAAUGGGCUCAAACUCUGCGUGAUGCCAAAAUGGCCAUUGAUUCUGAUCUGCACUGGGAGUGCAGGGCCAAUGGGAAACCCCAGCCUGUGUACAGAUGGCUUAAGAAUGGGCAAGCCAUGGUGUCUGAGGACAGAAUCCACAUUAAUGCAGGCAAGUUCAUGCUCUCCAAAGUUAACCUAGAGGAUUCAGGGAUGUAUCAGUGUUUAGCCGAGAAUAAGCACAGUGUCAUUUAUGCCAGUGCCGAACUCAAAGUUGUGGCAUCUCCUCCAGACUUUUCUAAAGGUCCAGUAAGGAAGUCCACAAUUGUUCAAAGAGGAGGUGAAGUCAUCAUUGAGUGUAAGCCACAUGCAUCCCCCAAGCCCUCCUUCACAUGGAGAAAGGAAGGCAAUCUGCUGCAAAACAAUGAGAGAAGGAAAAUCUCAGAGGAUGGCACCCUGCGGAUUUUCAAUGUGAGUGAGUCAGAUGCAGGUAGAUACACAUGUGUGGCACGCAACCUGUUCGGUGUGGCUAGCAGCACAGGAAGCCUGGUGGUCAAAGAACCAACCAAAAUUACUGUUCCUCCACUGAGUAUGGAUGCCACGGUGGGUGAGAGCAUUGUUCUGCCAUGCAGGGUGUCCAGAGACUCCAACAUGGACCACAUCUUCAAGUGGUUCUUCAACGGGAAACUUGUCGAUUUCAGCCGCCAUGAACACUUUGAGAUGAUUGGAGGGGGAACAUCUGGCGAUCUCAUGGUACGUAACAUCAAGCUAAAACACACUGGGAAAUUUGUGUGCAUGGUCCAUACUGUGAUGGACAGUGUCUCGGCAGCAGCUGAUUUGAUUGUCAGAGGGCCCCCUGGUUGCCCUGAGCGAAUUUUGGUGGGGGAUGUCACUCCCUGGACAGUUCAGGUCUCAUGGAGUCCCAGUCCUGACAAUCACAGCCCUAUAACACAUUACAUAGUGCAGGCCCGAAGUGUUUUCUCCAUUGGCUGGCAGGCUGUAAAAACAGUUCCUGAUUCUGUGCCUGGACAGAUGACACAUGCCAUUGCAGUAGGCCUGAGGCCAUGGGUUCAGCAUGAGUUUAGGGUGGCAGCCAUAAACAGUGUCGGUGUGGGUGAGCCCAGUACCCCAUCUGAGGCUGUUCUGACUAAAGCUGCAGUUCCUGAGGUUGCUCCAGCAAGUGUGAGCGGAGGUGGUGGGAGCCGCGGCGAAUUAGUGAUUGUGUGGGAGCCUGUUCCAGAGGAACUACAGAAUGGAGAAGAUUUUGGAUAUGUGGUAGACUUUCGUUUACGUGGUUCUCUUGUCUGGAUGCAGAGUCUGGUUCCCUCAGUGGAUGCAUCACGAUACGUGUUUAAAAAUGACAGUAUUCCUCCACUCUCACAGUUUGAGGUGAAGGUUGGAGUGUACAACAGCAUUGGAGAUGGACCCUUUAGCCCUGUAAUUGUUGUCUACUCAGCAGAGGAAGAGCCAUCUAUAGCCCCAAAUAAAAUCUGGGCAUAUAGUCUUUCCUCUUCAGAAUUGCAGGUUUUCUGGGAUCCAAUCAUGCCAAAUCAUAGUAAAUCUACAAUCUCAGGAUAUGAGGUGCUGUUGUGGGAGCAGGGCUCAUUAGGGAGAAAGGCAAUAAAGGAAAGGGUCAAAAGAAGUCCAGCUCAUAUUACAGGCCUGAAGAGCAGCACAGUGUAUCUAAUUUCAGUCAGGGCUCACAACAGUGGUGGGGUUGGACCUACUAGUGCUGCCAUCAACAUGACCACAAAGAAACCACCUCCAAGUCAGCCUCCUGUAAAUAUUGGUUGGAACUUGAAAAACUCAAAAAUCUUUUUGCACUGGCAGCAUGUAAUGGCAAUGGACAAUGAAUCUGAAGUAACAGGCUACAAGGUGAUGUACCGCCAAAACUGGCAAGGAGGAACAAGCAUGGUGAAAACAAACCAGACAUCACUGGAGCUAGAGGUUCCAUCUGGAGAUGAUCUGCUUAUACAGAUCAAAGCCUUGAGUGAUGGUGGAGAUGGCAGCUACAGCAGUCCAAUUCACAUACCAAAGAUGUCCAAUCUUAAAUCUAGGGGCUAUUUCAGCUCUGGUGCAAACAAGAUGAUCCAUAUCCACGAAGUUGCAACUUUUGUGCUACCAUGGCUGUUUCUAUGGAUUUUCCCGUUGAUAAGCACAGGCUGACAAGAAAUUCAAGAUCUGUAUACAAUUUAAGAGGAAUAUACAUAUAAUUUAUUUUUAGUCAUAAGCCUCAGAAUGUUUGCAGAGACACAGGCCAAAUUUUUUUAUUUAUAUUUGUUUAUUUUUUAUGUACUCAUGCUUUAUAUUUAGUUUUAUGGGGGGGGGGGAAGGAAAAAAAUUGAACUGAUUUUUUUUUUUUUUUGUCAGCUUCAACACAUGGAAAACCUUAAAACUUGAAAUGUAGUAUAUAUUGGCCUGAAAAGAAGUCCACUGGCUCUUCAUUAAACUGCUGCAGUUUGCCUUAUACACUUCUUUCUCUUGUCAAUACAGAUGUGUAUGUCUGUCUAAAAGAACAUGAAUGUGUUUUUUGCACCAUUUUGAUUAUCCCUCUCUGAAAAAAUCUGUAAUAAUUCAAAAUUCUUACCUGAUUAUGCAAAAGACGAUUGCAGUUUAGUGUGUGUGGCAAUUAAUCUGUCAUAAUUUAGUUGGUGAUUUAUUAGAGUUACACUGGUAAUCUAAGAAACCUUACCCUUAAUUUGAAUGCAUUUAAAGGAAAUAUAUAUUAGGUUAAGUUCUACACACCCCUUUAAAUUUUCCAACCUUAUUGUGUAACUUUUUUCUGGGGGAAAAAGGUAUUAUACUUUCUUGCAAAAAAAUCUUAUUGAGAAAAAAAUACAGAACAUUUUAGAUUCAACAAAUUUUAAGGGCUGUGCACAGCUUGCUUCGGGUUACCAUACAGAUUUGUAUUUGGAUUCAAGUCUGGGAUAUGGCAUCAUAAUUCAAAUACAAACAUUUAUCUUUUUUGCUUAAGCCAUUCCAUUGUUGAUUUGAAUGUAUGCUUUGGGUCAUUGUUCUUCUGAAAGCUGAAAAUUCAUUUACUCUUACUCUUUAAGCUUACUCUUAGCCACCUGAAGGUUUUGUACUAAAAUCAAUUGGUAUUUGUAGCUAUUCAUGAUUCUCUUGAUAAAAGCCCCAGAGAAUUAGCCCUGAUGCUGCCACCAAAAUGCUGCAGUGCUCCAUUUUUUUUUCUUGAUUAUGGCUUUUACAGAAUACCAAGCUACAUCU